GCUGAGUACAUCCUCUGCAAGCAACAAUGCUGCAAUCUGGACGACGUCCGAUUCUGCCGCCAUCGAUCUCACCAUGGUGUUCAUCCCGGCCGAACGCAAACGCCUUCUGCCACAGCUGUUGGAGUCGCACCUACAGUCUCGACCCUAUACAAGGAUGCCAUGGCGGUUUCAAGAAUAUUCCUCGCUUCAGGGCAUCGCCAUUUUCUCCCAUUGACGAGUCGCAGAUAGAUGCCGAAACCUUCGAGAAGGCUGAUUCAAGCAGGUGGAUCUGGAACGACACUCAAUGCGCGACAGAGUGAAUCUGGCUGCGCUCUUGGCACGGAUUGUACAUUGUCGUUUUCCUGAUCGAGCUUGAGGCAAGCCUGUGAAGGAGAAUUUACGCGCGCAGUACCGGCAUGAGACGGACAGAAGACGCAUUCAUCAAGCACUACAAACAGCAGACUCCCGGCUUCCAAGAUUCAAAAAAGGUCCAUCCUGAGCAUCUCAUUCAUUCAUCCUCCACACCAGCUGGCACGUAGAAUGGGCGUGGCUGUGCUCCUCCCGCCAUGUGCUGUCCUGAACGCGUUCUUCUGGCAACACCACCAUUCGCCUUGGCAGAUGACACUUCGACCACUGUGUCUUCGCAGCCCUCAUCAAAGCACACAUGCUCUCUUCAGCGAUCUGCAAUCGUCCUUGCAUUUAGAAGCUCGGAAAUAACCACCUCCAACCUCGGAAAGUCAAAAUUCACCACCAGUCAGCCAAACAUGCGGGGUAGGGUUCACCCCGUCCAGUAUUGGCAUUGAGAGCAUUGCCAAUGCAUGAUGACAUGUAUGGCACUGGAUCAAGGCACUUCACCUCGAUGCAAUAGCAACACUCGAGCUAUAAAACAUCGAUACCAAGCAAAGUAUUUCCUGCAACGCGAACGCAGUACGCAUCCAUCAUGUCCAACUUCGAAUUCGAACCCGACACUGACGGCGAAAUCCAUCGUCCCGCCUACCCUGCUCGAAGCGAACCAUAUCCAUACAUAUCCUACAACAUCCCCUUCCACAAAACUAUAUCCAAGCACCUUUCUUCCUCCUCCCCAUCUUCGCCUUUCACAGGCAAGUCAAGAGUAUACAUCAUCGCUUCCGCAAGCUUAUCCAAGAACACAUCUCACAUCCGAACUUUACUCGACGAGCUUGGCGAUAGGGUCGUAGGAGUACGAUAUGGAAUGCGACCACAUACAUUAUGGUCUGAGAUCUUGGAAGUUACGAAUGAUGCCCGAGAAAAGAAAACCGAUGUCCUGGUGACCGUCGGAGCGGGGAGUUUGACCGAUGGGGCGAAGAUCAUUGCUUUGGCCCUCGCAAACAACGCCUCCACAUUCUCCGAUCUCGAAAACCUCCAUUCCGGCAAAGAUUGGUCGAAGAAGAGACCAGAUUUGAACGAACCUACUGUACCAAUAAUCUCCGUCCCAACUUCCCUCUCCGGCGGAGAAUACUCUUUCCUCGGCGGCGGAACCCACGAUACUUCGCAAACGAAAUUUGGUUUCGGCCACCCAACCAAAGGUCCCGCAUUAGUGAUUCUCGACGCAAAACUAACAACCACGACCCCCGAACACAUUUGGCUUCAAUCCGGCGUUCGAGCAGUAGAUCAUUGUGUUGAAGGACUCUGUUCCCUCAGCGAAAAGGUUUCAACAGAAAGUGAUGAAUCCGCUACGAGGGGUUUGAAAUUACUAGUGAAAGGCUUGUUGAAAUGCAAGGCGGACCCACAAGACCUUGUAGCUAGACACGAGUGUCAAAUGGGUGUGAUCGACGCCAUGGGAGUCGUGUUCCAAUUCGGUGUUCCGAUGGGUGCGUCACAUGGAAUUGGACAUCAAUUAGGUCCAAUGGGAGUGGGGCAUGGGGAGACGAGUUGUGUUUUGUUGCCUGCUGUGUGUCGAUUCAAUUCUCCAGUCAACGGAGAACGGCAAGAGAAGGUUAAGGAGAUAUUCUGGCAAGACGAAGAGGCGAGGAAGUUGUUUGAAGAGAAAGCUUUGAAGGAGGAAGAAGCGGAUUUGGGAACUCUGCUGGGCUGUUUCAUUUCAGCAUUGGGCAUGCCGAGGAGUUUGAAAGAUGUUGGCGUGGAAGGGGAGGAGAAAUUGGAGAUGUUGGCUACUAAUGCUCUGACGGAUCAUUGGUGUGAGACGAAUCCGAGGCCGUUGAAGACGGAGGAGGAUGUUAGGGCGAUUUUGGAGAUGGUGAAGAGCUAAUUGUGAUUGGUCGUACGAAAGCCGCCGGCGUGUUUUGAAGGACGCAUAAGAAGCGCAACAUGGUACGGAACCAAUUCACUAGAUACCCAUCACUGGUCCACGAAAGACUUCGAGCUAUGCGUUGUUGUAUACGCAGACGCAACUCGCCAGUAUGUCGAAUGCACAACUCGAUGACCAAAUCUGCUUAGGAUGCAGGAGGAUUAGAAAUAACUCCCUUGGUAUAGAGACACAGACGGCAGCACAGGUAGAAGAAGUCGUUUUAUUCGUGGCGCUAUCUACGAUUCUUUCUCUCCGAUGAAUAGGUACUGGUAACUUCGGCCAACGAC